AUGUCAUGUGCUAUUACAGGCUACUUCGACUGCAAACGUCAAGGUCAGGACUGUGCUAACGAACAGACAUGCAGCGACAACGGCACAUGUGAUUGUGGCAGCAGCUACACCGGCUACAACUGUGGCUUGUCUAUGAGUGAGAAGGGCCAAACUCCAUGUACCAGCGAAACUGAUUCGUGUGGAUCUGAUGGCGGUCUCUGCUAUAAAAAUGAAACAGCCAAGGCCUGUUACUGUCCUGCAAACUUGUAUGGUGACCACUGUGAAAACAAGAGAUACACUGUGGAGUGUAUGCAGUCGUCUAUGAAGAUCACGUUGACUCCAGCUGGGACUUUUAACGGCGUCAUCUACGUUCAUGGUAAAAAGGAAACAGAUGGUUGUACGUUCACAGACACAAGUGGAACUCUGGAACUGGAUUUGCAGGACUCAUCAGACUGUGGUGAAGUCACUUCCAACACGGAAAGUGGUGAUCGGUCCCGAGUGAUAAUGAUGCAGUACAGCUCUAAAUACAUCACCGACCGAGACACCAAGCUGACGGUCACGUGUUCAGGUGGAGCAGGAACAGUUAACGUCACGGCGGCCUUCAUAAGCCAAGAUGGAAACAACAAGGAACAGGCUAUCAGCGGCACUAAUCCGAUUGACAUCGCAUCUGACGCUGUGGACUUUGUGAUCAAGCUGAAGGAUGAUUCUGUUGUAAACAACGCCACUGUGGUGUCUCUAAAUGAUCAGCUCACCUUCCAGUUUGACGUAAACGGAGAAAAAGCGCCAGGGGGACAAAGUUGCGAAUACAGUGUAAUCAACGACACAACGAUGACCGUUGAACCUGAUGUCACACUUUCUGAAACAUCUGUGGAAGAUUGUAAAAAAGCUUGCAACGCCAAUCCCCAGUGCAAAUUUUUUACUCACCUGAGAGACUCUUGCAUGAUACGCUACGUGUCGUCCGAAACGGAUUACAAUCCGGAUGAACAAUUCUAUGAGAAACAUUGUGCUUCUACUGCUACACUAACAGUUAUGCAAUGUGAGGCGUCUAACGGUCAGUCGGGAGAUAACAAGGAGACUAUGAAGCUUAUUGAAAACAUCUGUCCGUCUGAGGAGGUGGGCAAACUGAUGGAACAGGAUCCAACUCGAGAUACUAACAACCAAGUUGUAUUCUAGAUGCGCCCAUUCAAGUUCAACCAUAACAACGCCAUCUCGAUAGACUGCACGGUCAAAGUGUGCACCGGGAACAAUUCCGCGGAGUGUCCGGCACCUGACUGCAGUGGAUCGAAUCGUCGGAAACGACGAUCAGCAGAACUCUCUGAUGAAAGAGUUAGAAGGACGAUCUUCAUCCUGGACCCAGAAUUCGAAUCUACAAGCACGUCUGACACUUCGAAGAACAAAUCUGUUUCUGUGAAUGACGUCACAACCCCGAUUGUGGCUGGCGUUGCCGUAGUGAUCAUCCUGCUGCUUGUCGUCUGCAUUGUGGUCUUGUUGGUUGUCAAGAAGAGAAGGUCCAACGAGAAGUCUCAAGACGAGGGCGUGAAUAAUCACGCCAUUUAAUCACCUUCUCCGGAUAAGCAGAAAUCAUGUCUGAUUGUUUUGUAGCAGACAAAUGGACUAUACUUAGAGGACUUUAUUAAAUAUUUCGUUGAAUUUGUUCAUUCAGUCUUUAUGCUCUUUGAAAACCUUGUAAGUCAAAUACAUCUAAAUUUAAAGAGAGAACAAAAAUAUAUAUUUCUCUGAUAUUGUGAAAAAUUAUCGAGACAGAAUCAACUGAUUAUGUUUGAAAACAUGAUACAAAAUAUUUACAGAUUGUUGAUUCUCGUGCCACUGAUUUAUUGGAUGUCAAACAUAUGGUAAUUUUGACACAGCCAUAAAGAGGAAACUCGGUACAUUUUUCUAUUUUUGAGCAAGGCAUUUUUUGAUAUGCACGAUCCCACAUACAGGAUAGCAAAUACCUUUGAUAUACCAGUCAUGGUGUACUGGCCAGAACGAAAAAUGGGUUAUGGGCCCGUCGAAGGGGAUCGAUCCCAAACCGACCGCGCAUAAGGAGUGCGCCUUGCCACCGGACUACGUCCCACUCAAUAUUGGGAAAAAGUCUGGAUAUGAGAAGGUCAUUAAUGAGCAUUUCGACCCGCUUGCACCACCAGAAGAAAGAGGACUGCCACUCCAAGUCUAGUUUACUGAAUCAAAAUUGCAUUAAAUUUUGAUAAAUUAUGCAAGCCAUUAAGUCCGUUUUCCUCGAACACUGUAGGGUAAUACAUUAGCAUGUAUGGUUCACAUGCGAUGUUUCAAUAAACAACUGGUACAGCAGUGAACAAAAUGAAGGUUUGUAAUCGUGGAUGUUUCCUUCUCACCUUUAACACCAACUGCAUCAUGGUCCCAUGGGCCUGCUCAGUCUUGUAUUUAAUCGUCACGAAAAUAAUAGCUUACAGGGUUUUCAAAGCACAGUGAUAUGUUUUAGUUCAGAAUUAUGAACACCGCUUUUAAAUUGAAUUGUAAUAAACAGAUAAGCAAUACUA